ACAAAUAACAGAGAACUUCAGCACGGCGGAGUGAAGGAACACUAACUUCUCUGAACAAGACACCAGAGUUCACGCAGUCAGUUCACGAGUAGAGACUUACUACUUUGGAUAUUACAAAAAGUUCUCAUCUACUAAACGAGACUCAAAGACUCCUGUUGCCAGCUUUAAGAGGCUCACUCUUUCACCGUAAUCACCAGAGCUGCACACUGCGUGGUAUUCCCGGCAGCUCAAGGUUUGUGCGUAGCGCCAUGGUAACCCACAGCAAGUUUGACAACGCAAUGAGCAGCAGCCUGUUUGACGCAAACAUGCGGCUGCCGUCUCACCGUUACAAAACCUUCAGCUCGAAGCUCCAGUACCAGAUGGUGCAACACGCCGUCAGGAUGCUCCAGGAGAGCGGCUUCUACUGGGGCUCCAUCAGCGGCAAAGAAGCCAAUCACUUGUUGAACUCCGAGCCCAGCGGGACCUUUCUGGUCCGAGACAGCUCGGACAACCGGCACUUCUUCACGCUCAGCGUCAAGACCGAGUCGGGCACCAAGAACCUGCGGGUGCAGUGCGACAACAAGUCUUUCUUCCUUCAGACGGACUCCAAGAGCAUGCAGUCGGUGCCUCGCUUCGACUGCGUGCUGAAGCUCGUCCAUCACUACAUGCCCUCGUCUAGGAGCUCUCUGUCUAUUGGAAACUCGAGGAACUCGUACUACAUCUACACAGGGGGGGAGAAGAUCCCUCUGGAGCUGUUGAGACCCCUUCCUUGCACAAUGUCCUCCCUGCAGCAUCUAUGCAGGAAGACCGUCAAUGGACAUAUAGACGUUUCCAGCAAAAGAGACCAGCUGCCUCAACAGCUGAAAGACUUCUUGCAAGAGUAUGACGCUCCCAUUUAAAGAGCACUGAUGGGAGCUGAAGCUAGCUUGACGGGUCUCAAAGCCCUUUCGGAAGCUUGUCGGACCAAGAAGUAUUGAGCUGUUCAUGAGUACAUGGAGUUUGCCAGUCAACCGUGUGUGGUCAUGAGGACUAUCACUGAUGCAUUCUUACGUGACUGAUCUUGAAGCGCUGUGGUUCUUGCCAUAACAGUCUCCACGAAUGGACGUUUGUACCGUUUUCUGUACCAGUGCCAGUAUCGUAACCCACUCUGUGGGCACCAAUCACUGCCUCUGCACUGCCCCGAAUCUGUGAGCUCCGCCAAGCAGGGAGACAGCAAGCCAUUUAACAGAAAUCAGCCGCCGCCUUCUUCCAAGUAAAUAUUUGUGCCUUUCAAGGGAAAAAGGAAGAAGUGAGUAACAGCAUAGCACUGAGGCAUGGCAGACAUGCCGUUCUGGAGUUCAGAUAAAACACGCCAAGACUGAACGCAGAUAAAGAUGGACACAUGUCAAAAUUCUGCUUGUACUUGAAAAAGCGACACUUUGGAACAAAACGUCUGUGUUUUUAGAGUUGACAGGUGGUUUGUGUCAGAAGCAGUUCAAACUGCUUGUUAUUGAAUGUAUUAACAUACAUGAGUGCUCUGUGUCUACAGAUCACCCGUGUUUUACCUUGUCACACAUGAUGCUGUUUACAUACAUGAAGAUGAAUUUAGAUCGGUUAUCUUUUGUAAAGACAUCUCAUCCAUGUUUUGAUGUUACAUAUUUAUAUUUAUAAUGACAAGAAAACAUUUCAAUAAUUUAUUAAAGAGCACUAUUUUUGUACAAAUAUA